AUGCCAGUGCGGUUGAGGGACAGGAUCGAGGAACUUCAAAAUGAGGAAAUGUUUCGUGGUUUUCAGCAGUCAUCCUUGUGGAACUGGAGCGAUGGCGUCAUUCGGUUCUCGGAGUCUGGCCCCGCGAAGCUGUUCCAAGUCGAAAGUGUUUGGGGAGCAUUGGCAUCGAUCGAGGACCAGGGGGCCGUUCGAUUCAUCAUGUUCACGGGGAAAGCACUGUCAAAUCUCCAAGUGUUCGACCGAGUAACUGGGGAGACAACCCGCCAAGGGCUCAGGCAGAUCUGGACGACAUCUCACAUGUGCACGGAGUACGGUCAGCGUACCCGCGGAUCUGUCACGGACCGAGGGGCCGCGAAUGGAGCCGCCGAGCGUGGAAUUCGAUGUGACAAUCCUGGCUGGCAACACUUGCACUUGGACUGCCACGCCCAUCUCACAGCGCUCGUGUUUGGCAAGGCGUGUUCGGCGUGUGAAUGGCUCGUCACGGGCAUGAUCAGGACCGCGCUGGCUACGCAGAUGGCGGGGUCCAUGAGCCAUUUCAGAAGAUGCUUGAAGUUGCAGAUUCGUUCGAUGGUGCAAUUCACUACUGGGGAGCCUCCAACGGAAUACGGCUUGCAUGUGCGACGCGUUGUAGCUAUGUACGGGAGGUCUGGCCACAACCUAGUUCAACGACUUGUGGUGUUGAGAAUGUUACCCAACGGCGAUUGGACGGACAAGGCUCGCAUCGUCAUCUACGCGCCUGCGUUGCCGCGGGAUGAUGCCCAAGCGAAGCUCUGGACUGAUCGCAUUGUCGCUGGCUUGUGCUUCGCGGUGUGCCCACCCACGUUCAAGAAGUUCUCUCGGAACAGGUGGUUCGGCAAAGAGGUCAGUCUCGACCAAAUCGGAUUGCUGGAGCAUUGCCACGGCCUUUUCUCGAGCACGUUCAGGAGGUGGGUAUCGGAAGUGGACGGCGACCAGAAGAGGAAGCGGACCGCAGCUGCUUCUGCAGGUCCGUUCGCUGCCCCUGGAGUCCCUGGAGAUCAGCCAGUUCUUGCCCUUUGCGACGCCCCAGGGGAUGCCUUUGCUGAUCCUGGCGCAGAUGGUGCUGGCGACGGUGGCCCGCCCCUCGGCCACGAGGAUGCGCAGCCACAACGUCCAGACGAUGCCGAACGCGUGGUGGUGGAGGUGAACGCCCACGAAGCCCAGGAGCGUGUGAACUCUGAACAUCGAAGGCGUGCUAUGGUCUUCGCGAAUACCGAGUUUCUGCAUCACUUGGACGUCAUGCGGAUCGUCAUGGUCCCAAUCAUGGAGAUGUUCAGGGAGUUCGAUUUCCUCGGCGGUGAUGCUUGGGAGGAACGCCAGAGAGCGGUUGAAGCUGAGGCGCUUCGCCUCGGAGUUGGUGCGGAGGCUGCUCAAGCUCGGAGGACAUAUCGUAUCGUUGUGUGUGCCAAGGGGUCUGUGGAACAGACUUUCUUCAAUAAGCUGAAGUUCCUGUACAAUUCAUCGAUCAUGUGGCGAACCAUUGAGGGUAAGCACUGCACUGAGUUGAUCAAUGCGUAUGUAUUCAAGACCAUGUCUCGAGCUGGUGCCAAGGCCGAGUGCGAGAUUGCUGCUCUGCACAGGCGUUACCCCUAUCGCGCGUUCUUGCUCAUAAGCGAUCCAACCAUAGCAGACGAGAUGAUCCACGAGCCCGACUGCAUCGCGGACCCUUUCUGGAGAGAGUUUCGGAAUGCGAAUCCAGAUUUGAAGUCUCCGAGUACAAGGGCUCGGCUGGUGCUCUUGGCUUUACUGCACGUCCCAAGCAUCGUGAGGAUCGAGGUCAGGGACUUCCAUGCGCUUGCCGCCCAGUACAGGGCCAUCACCGACGAGGAACGCGAGUACUUCAGGAGGCUCGGCGCAGAGGGCACGCAGAAGCAUUCCGAGACUCCCAACGGCCGAAGCUUCGGGCCCACUGUCAGGGAUGUGGAGAGGGCGGCAGCUAGAUCACAGAAGCAUGAUAUGUGCGAAGCCUUACUGCGUGACAUACAACGUGAUGAAUUUCAGAGGGAUGCAUCGCUGGCCAUUGCGGACUCCGUUGUCGCCAGGAGCCGUUCGUGGCAGGAUGGAGAGCACCUGGCGAAGAUGGCGAAGAAGACUUUGAGCGAACACACGUCCAAGAAACGAGAGGAUGAGCGCAUGUCAGUUACCAAGUUCAUCGAGACCGAGGGCAAGGACCGCUUGGCGUCUGUGACUGCAAGGCUGCAGGGAGCUCCAUUUAUUGCACGACACCUGGUACCAUCUCCGAGCCCAGCCGACAACCAGGAGUUCCUUUACGCACCAGAUACGAUCAGUCGUGCAUCGAACGCCCUCGCUUGCAUGUUGCAUCGAAGGGGUUCCAACGGUCGCUCCACAUGUCGACUUAUUGAUGCUGAGUCUCGCAGGCGGCAUUUCAUGAUUUGCCACAGGGAUUGCGACAAGUGCCCGAAGGAGACCAAAGAUGAGAAGAAGCUCAGGGAGUGUCUCACGGCAGGCCGCUGCAUCCACCAUUGUCCAGGCGGCAAGCGGUUGCGCUCCUUCGGGCUCGGAGUCCACAACAUGUUGAAGAUGCUGGUGCGCACUUGCAAGCAGAAGGUCUUGGACGGUGAUUUUUUCAUGGCGUUCAUUGGGACUGACCUCGAUGAUAUAUAUCCUGAUGACCGCCAGCCUCUCGCCGAGGUGCUGGACAGGGUCAAGGUCGUGCACUUGGCCGACCUGUCGCUGAACCCGUUCGUGCCCGCGUACCAGGCCACGACUGCCGCGGCGCUGCCGCCGCAGCUCGGCGAGUCCAAGGACGGGCACGCGAUGCCCAUUUUGAUCCAGGCUUUAG